AUUUUCCAUUUUUGACAAAACCAGACAGAAAUUUCCCAUUAAAUUUUAAAUUAAACGAACUUUCUUCAUUUUCGGUUCUUUUUUCAAUUAUUUACCAAUAAAUUAAUAGAUUGAAAUAUGGAAGUUACGAGAUUGUCCGAGAAGCGGCGUAGACAGCAACUGGAUGAGUAUAAGAAAAUGAUUUUGGACGUUAAGCCGCGAGUGGACGAUGUACCGCCAAAGCUGAAUGUAAGAGACAUGCUGCGCGCCUCGAAAUUACGCGACGACUGUAACGCCUUCGAGCGCAUACGCCGCAUGAACAACGAACUCUUACGCAAUGUCAACAUCAUAUCACGUAUUGGCGGACAGUUGGAUACGUUUCGUGAACGCAAAAUGAAUUCGGCUAGAUCACGCAUCCCACUGAUAUUGCUGCAAAAUCGCUAUAUCGAAAGAGAUAAUAUCAAAUUUGGACAGUUCUUGAAAACGGUCGGCACUACGCUGGACACACAUGUGGCACCGCAUCUGCUGCGGCACGUGCGCAAAGACUCGGUGGAAUUUGUGUUACCCGCACAGAUUUUAGCCAAAUAUCAUCAGAUUAAAAUGCCGCCCUACUCACAGUUACGUCGCUUACUGCGGCCCGUCAUCUAUUUCGAUUUCUAUGUGAAGGGUUUGCGACCCGCCGGACGUAUUACCAUACAACUAUAUACGGAAGCCUGUCCGCAGGUGGUAUUGGCUUUUGUACGCGCCUGUCGUAAUGGUGAUAAAAAUAAAAUUUUCGUAAAUCGUCUCUUUCCUGGUCUGUGGCUUGAUUGUUGCCUACUCCUGCCGCAGGAGCAGAAAAUCAAACCGAAACAUAUCGAAUAUGAUAUGCGCGCGUUGGAUCAUAACAGGUCGGGGACGUUAGCCUUUACGCUGGACCAACAGGAUGCCUUGCAUAAGGAUGCUUUGAAAUUUACACUUAGCGUUAAGCCGCUGCAGGUGCUCAAUGGUAAACGCGUUGCCUUCGGUGUGGCGAGUAGUGGCACAAAGGUGCUCGACUCCAUGCAAGUUUUUGGCAUGAAGAAGAGUGGGAAGCUGACGAAAAGCAUAAUAAUAAGUGAUAUGGGGCUGUUGGUUUAAUAAAUAAAUUAUUUGUAAAAAAAUAUAAAAUCAA